AUGAUUUGUUUACUUUUUCUCUUUAUUAACUGUGAGAGGGCACGAGUUGUUAACGGAGCAACUACGUUUUAUUCAAGCUCCUACAUGUAUAAUGGCACAGAAACUGAAUUAGAAUUCAAUCCUGCUUACGGAAAAAUGAAAAGUUUUGAUAAGGCCAAUUUUUCCAAGAUUGAUGUCAGUAGGAUUCAAUUUCAGAGUAAUACAUCGAGAAAUAAUAACUUUAUCGGAAAAUCUUUCGGUGAAAUUAAAGAAAUUAUCGAUGAACACCUUACAAUUUAUCCAGCAAGCCUCCCAAGUCUAGAUUUGGAUACAAUGAGUAUAACAAACAUAACUCUUUCGCUUGAAAAUCGUAAAAAAGACAAAAAUAUCACAAUAUUAAGAAUUUAUUCAACAUCUCCUUAUAUUUUCGUUGAAAAAAUCGAGAAUGUAACCAUUAGAUCAUAUAGAUACAUUCGAUUUUCAUUUGCAAUCAUCCCCCUCGAACCUGGACAAUAUUCCGCCUUAAUUAUGAUUGAAACUGAUAUUGGUGUCAUUCCUUACCACAUGGAUUUCAAAUCUACGUUAAAUCCUGUCAUGUACGCGAAACCUCAUGAAAUUUAUCAAAUUUAUCAACAACCUUACCAAUAUGUUAUAAAUAUAGCAGCUGCUGUUGAUUAUACAUUCAUAUUUGACUCAUCUGUAUUCAAUCCAAGCAAAUCUACAUCUACAAUUUGUUCAAUAAUCUUACAACCGAAUUAUCUUGAGCCAGGUGACUAUUUAACAUUUCUUUACUUCAUGACAGACAUAUUUACAAAUGUUUUACCUGUUUAUUUGCAUGUGAUUGAAGAAAAUUACACUUUUAAACAAGAUAUCAAGUUAUAUGUUGGAAAUUAUCAGUCGGCUGACAUCAUAAUGACUAAUCCGUCAGAUAAAGAUUUAUAUGUUAACGAUAUCAGGACAAAAGACCCAAGAAUUUUUGUUAAAUUGUUAAAUAAUUCUUUAAUUGUGAAAUCUCAUGAAACAAAGAACAUUUCAUCAAUCGAACUGAUAUGCCAAGAUAGUUUACAGUACGACCACAUCAAUAAUUUCAGUGUUUUCGUUACAGUUAAUGGACAUUUGAAUUUGAUCAGAGGAGAGAUCAUUAAUCCGCCGUUAGGGACCCAAUUAAUUUACUACAUUCCCCCUAUGAACGAUAUAACCACGUAUUCCCACAUAGCAAUUGAAAAUCAGAAUAAUUUUUCAAUUUUUGUAUUUGGAGUAACUUGUAACUUAUCUUUCUAUGAUGUGAAAGAGUUCUCACCAUUUGUUCUUGGUCCUAAUGAGACUUCCAUGGACUUUUUCGUUACUUUGACUGAAGAAUUUGAUAUCACACAAAAUCCUUUCUCAAUUUCGAUAUUUACCAAUGCAUCUGUUUAUAACUUUGAUAUGAAUAGGUACCCUAUGCCAAUAAGAAUCGUUUCUGCUACAGAUAACAUAACAAUUUUGGAAAAUAACACAAUUGACUUCGGAACUGUCCUAAACAUGUCAUCAAUACAGAUGUCGUUCAAGGUAUUUAAUGAUAAUCACCUUCCGAUCCAGUUAAACCAGAUUUCUUCAAGUUCAAACGGAGUUACAAUCAAAUGUCCGAAUUUGAGCAAAGAUUCCGUUAUUAAACCGAAUAAUUAUAAGGUCUACAAGACAUAUAUCAUGUUCAAUGAGCCUUCAAGGAACACUUCGCAGAUUUUUUUCAAAUUUAAGCAUACAGAGUACAAAAUCACCAUAAAAUGGAAACCUAUAUGCGGAACAAUUAAAUUUGAUAUCAUAAUAAGCGAUAACCUCAUUCUUGGCUCUGAUUAUUAUGGAACUGUUAUAAUUGAGUCGAAAUUCCACCAUGAUAUCGAAUUAAAGGGAAUGCAAACGAAUGUCCCUCAACAGGUGAAGCCGCAGUUCCCUCUAAAGCUCAAAAGAUACGUAAAAACUCGAUUAUCAGAAUUUAUGAUCAAAUUAGACCCAAGUUUUCCAUUUACCAGGGGUUUUUACAGAGUAUUAUCGAAUAGUGAUAGUUAUGAUGCUCAAGAGAAAGCUUGGAAAGCUUUGUGGAAAGACAAUUUGUCAAUUUCUUUAAAUUUCGAGUUUAAUAUCGGAAAUGGCUUCAGUUUCUAUACGAGUAAGCGUAUAAACAUCAGCCAUGCAGUAUUUCCACCCGGAAUCAUCGAUUACGGAGCGAUUCAUGCUGAUGAAAUUUUUGUAAAAUCAGUUUACUUAACAAAUCCUUUUACAAGGCCUGUAAUGUUCAAAUUCCAUGGUGUUAAGAAUGGCACCGAUGGAAAAUUCAACAUCAAGCAUGUAAAAUCGAUAACUUUGCAGCGAAAUGAGUCAUCCGAGUUUAUGUUGACUUUUGAAGGUGCAAUACCUGGUAAAUGCAACUUCGAAAUACCUGUAACUACCAAUUGCACCCCUCCUUUUGUAGUAAUGGUCCAAUCUAUCGUCGAAUAUCCUCGAAUUCGGUUUUCGGACAUCGACAACAUGAUAGUAUCAUCCGUACAUUUUGAUGCUUCCAACGAUGACGAAAAGUACAUGAACGAGAUUUGGACGCAAUGCGUUUACGUAACAAAUAACGCGUUAAGUCCGAUUUCGAUUAAUAACCUUUACAUCACUCCCAACACGUUUCUGAAGUUUAGAGCUAAUAAUACUAACCUUCAGCCGUACCAAACUUGCUCUAUUUGCUUCGAUUUCCUACUUUGGAAUUGGGACACAAAAAAUACCAUGAAAAAUUUAUCGUUCACAGUUUUAGCGCAACAUUAUUUAUAUAGUUUACCAAUAUAUGCUCAAGUCAGUGAGAACGCUAUAGUGAGAAUUGACGAAGCAAUGAAGAAAACUAUGAAAUUAGUGUCAAUUAUCGGAUUUUUGUCUCCUGUUAUAUCGUUAUUGAUUUCCUUUGUCAUUUACAUAUGGUUUAAGAUGGAAUUGAGCUGGAGAAAGAAGAGAGUUGAUAGAGCUGUGAAACAUUUCAGUGUAAAGAACUUGAAAGAGGCUGAAAUACAGAAGAAUGAAGACCCAAUUGAUCCGAAAGUGGUUUGGCAUAGAAAGAGAGGAUAUAAUCCUCAUCCUGCCAAUGAAACAACAUUAGAUUUGAUUGAAAAAAUGCUUGAUGUGUAA